AUGCAGUCAUUUUUUUUAUGCUCUCAUGAAACAUCGAACAAUUUCAUACUGAAACCAAACACAAACCUCAUUUCAAUCCAUCCGGCAAGGAUCAGACCACAUCUGCUGGCGUCCACACCACUUAAAUCUCAACUCCAAUCAAGCCCACAAACCCCAGAAAGCAAAUCCAUUUGGCCACUCAUUUUGAAGCCAAAAAUAGGUCGGAAACCUGCAACCCAACUUCACUGUGGCAUUUCAUCAAACGAUUUGAGUACCCAUAAUGAAAGGGGUUUGAGGGAGUGGGUUGAAGUGGUUAGUGAAGCAAUAUCUACAGCAUUUCCGAUAUGGGUAUCUUUAGGUUGUCUAUGGGGUCUUUUAAGACCAAGUUCUUUCAACUGGGUCACUCCCCAAUGGUCCAUUGUUGGCCUUACUAUUACUAUGCUCGGUAUGGGUAUGACACUUACACUUGAUGAUCUUAGCAACGCUUUUGCUAUGCCUAAGGAGGUGCUCUCUGGUUUUGUACUGCAGUACUCGGUGAUGCCAUUAAGUGGGUUUCUGGUGAGCAAGCUGUUGAAUCUGCCAUCUUACUAUGCAGCUGGUCUAAUAUUGGUUGGUUGCUGCCCAGGUGGAACAGCAAGUAACAUUGUCACUUAUAUUGCCCGUGGAAAUGUGGCACUUUCAGUAUUGAUGACUGCAGUGAGCACUUUUGCGUCUGUGGUUAUGACCCCAUUUUUGACUGCCAAACUGGCUGGGCAAUAUGUUGCAGUAGAUGCUGCUGGACUCUUAGCGUCAACCAUGCAGGUUGUGCUUCUUCCUGUACUGGCUGGUGCCUUUUUAAAUCAGUAUUUCCAGAGCCUGGUUAAAAUUGUAUCUCCCUUCAUGCCACCUAUUGCUGUGGGAACUGUUGCUGUUCUAUGUGGAUAUGCAAUUGCCCAGAGUUCUUCUGCAAUCCUUAUGUCUGGUCGACAAGUGGUGCUUGCUUCAUCUCUUCUUCAUGCUUCUGGUUUUUUCUUUGGAUAUUCGCUUUCAAGAAUGCUUGGGCUUGACGUGGUGUCGUCAAGGACCAUCUCCAUUGAGGUUGGCAUGCAGGGUGAACUGAAUGAUGCUUCACAUUUAGAAGUUGAUUCCUACUAUGCAUUCCCAUUUCUCAUAAAGAUAAGUGAUUCCGCCUUUCUGUUUACGUUUCAGAACUCUAUGCUCGGUAUUGUUCUUGCUGCACAGCAUUUUGGGAACCCGCUGACUGCAGUACCAUGCGCCAUUUCUAGUGUCUGCCACUCAAUCUUUGGUAGCGCCCUGGCUGGAAUUUGGAGAUGUGGUUUGCCUGCCCAGAAUGAGGAUUGA